AUGUCUACCAAUCUCAGCUGUCUCCAGAGAUGGUUGGCCAGCACGCAGCCAAUCGGAGUACGGCGUGGACCCCUCCCGCGGCGCGCGCGGAGGGUGCGCGAGGCGGGGCUGUGGCGGUCGGAGGUGGCGGCGGCGGCAGUGGCGGCAGUGACACGUCCCAGUUGGACUGAGUCUCCCGCCAUCCUGAGCAGGCCUGGAAUGGGUAAUGGUGUGAAGGAAGGCGUGGUGCGUUUGCGUGAGGAUGCCGAGCCCAUCCUGCCCGCUCAUGUGUCUUCAAAGAGUGAUCACAGGCAAGUUCUUAGCUCCCUCCUGUCAGGGGCCCUGGCUGGCGCUCUUGCCAAAACGGCGGUAGCUCCCCUGGACCGAACCAAAAUAAUCUUCCAAGUGUCCUCAAAAAGAUUUUCUGCCAAGGAGGCCUUCCGGCUCCUCUACUUCACCUACCUCAACGAAGGCUUCCUCAGCCUGUGGCGCGGAAACUCGGCCACCAUGGUGCGCGUGGUGCCCUACGCCGCCAUCCAGUUCAGCGCGCACGAGGAGUACAAGCGCCUGCUGGGCAGCUACUACGGCUUCCGCGGAGAAGCCCUGCCCCCUUGGCCCCGCCUCCUCGCUGGUGCACUGGCUGGAACGACGGCCGCUUCGCUGACCUACCCCCUGGACCUGGUCAGGGCGCGGAUGGCCGUGACCCCAAAGGAAAUGUAUAGCAACAUCUUUCACGUCUUCAUCCGCAUCUCCCGAGAAGAGGGGCUGAAGACCCUCUACCACGGAUUCAUUCCCACCGUACUGGGGGUCAUUCCCUACGCCGGCCUGAGCUUCUUCACCUACGAGACCCUCAAGAGCCUGCACAGAGAGUACAGUGGCCGCCUGCAGCCCUACCCCUUUGAGCGCAUGAUCUUCGGGGCCUGCGCGGGCCUCAUCGGGCAGUCGGCCUCCUACCCGCUGGACGUGGUGCGGCGGCGCAUGCAGACGGCCGGCGUCACGGGCCACCAGCGCACCUCCAUCGCGCGCACGAUGCACACCAUCAUGCGGGAGGAGGGCGUGGUACGCGGCCUCUACAAAGGCCUGAGCAUGAACUGGCUCAAGGGUCCCAUCGCUGUGGGCAUCAGCUUCACCACCUUUGACCUCAUGCAGAUCCUGCUGCGGCACCUGCAGAGCUAGGGGCCAGUGGGGUCGGCUGCUCUCGAGCUUCAGUUCGCGAUGGACCGCUGACCCCUUCUGUUUCUGAGCCCAGCGAGCAAGGGUGUGCCGGGUUGCACCCAGGAGGUGCGCGGGUGCGCCUUGUGGAACAAGCUGGGGGGCCUGGGCUCAGUGCGCACAGGUCUGAGGGGAAAGCCAGUGGCCCUCGAAGUGCAUUGUUGGGGCCGGGGGGUCGGAGCUCCCGUGCUCUCCUCUUCCCGCCUCAGCAGGGUCGGGGCUGCCCCGGGAGGUAUUACCAUGAAUGCCCUGAGUGACGAGGGGCCAGCACUGCUUCCUGGUGCGCUCUGUGUCCUUGGACAGGCCCCUGGUUCUAGUGACCUGGUCCCCCCUGGGCUCAGAGCCAGACCCCGCCUGCCCCUUGUUGUUCCGAGUCUAUGUCUGUGGCGGGGGCAG